ACACAGAUUCUGCUUCCAUUUAAUUGAAGUUUUCUUCCUUCUGUAUAUGUUUAUUUUCUCUCUUUUAUGCCUGGAUGCUGAUGGAUGUAUUUGAAAUUUGCAUGGUUGAGCUUUCGAAUUGUUGCUAUGGCACUUGAAGCUCAUGGGGUUGACUACCCUUCAAGCUCUUUUGGUUCGGCUAGGAGAUGGAAGUAUCAUGUGUUCUUGAGUUUUCGAGGAGAAGACACUCGUAGAAGCUUUACAGAUCACUUGUUUUGUGCUUUACAACGCACGGGAAUUAAAGCUUUCAGGGAUGACGAAGAACUUGAGAGGGGAGAAGUUAUUAAACCAAGUCUGCUCCAAGCAAUUGAAGAAUCUCUUUCUGCAAUUGUUGUUAUAUCUCCAAAUUAUGCUUCUUCAACCUGGUGCUUAGAAGAGCUCUCAAAGAUUCUUCAUUUUAAGAAAGAGUCAGGUCUUCACGUAUUUACAAUCUUUUAUGGUGUGGAUCCGUCUGAUGUUCGACACCAGAGAGGAAGUUUUGCAGAAGCAUUUAAAAAGCAUGAAGACAAACUUCCACAAGACAAGACGAAGGUGCAAGAUUGGAGGGAUGCUUUGGAAGAAGUUGCUAACUUGUCUGGCUGGCAUUCUGACUAUCGGUAA